AUGUGUGUGUUGCAGGCCUUCCCUGAACAUGCAGAAGCGAAUGCCAAAGUGGCAGCCAUUCGCGACUUGGCGCAACAUAUUGAGCAGCUAAGACAGGAGAAGGCUCGUCUCGCGAUGUUCCGCCACCAGACACCCAAGGAGAUCCGCAGCGAAUAUAUACAAAUGAUGCUCACAGGCCUUUUCACAGGUCUUGCCGCGGCUAUCCACCCAAUAUUUUUUGUUGGCACCAUAGGUGGACUGAUCCGAAUGCGUCGCACGAAACGAGCUGAAGUCGACCGAGACGAAGGAACGAAGAAGAUGGAGGAACUUAAUCGGACUGUGAAAGAGAGAAGGGCUGUUUUAAAGGAACACGUAGAUGCACUUUUUGAGCUUCUGAGCCCUCCCGCAGACCGCCGAUGUGUCAGGGGUUGUGGAGGGAACAACGAAAAAUUUGCACCAGAGCGAGCUGGUUGUGAAACUGCACGAGCCAAUGAUGAACAACAGGACACGACGACAGCCAUCUCGAAUACGUUCGAGAAACAGCAGUACAGUCUACGACGUGGAAACAUAGAUGUCGCCAGUUUACUAGGCAUUAUUGCAGCCUUAACACGAGAGCUCGAGUCAAAAAAUGUAUACAUUGAAUCGAAUGUGCGCAAGAUGGCAGCGCUUUCCGACGCCCUUGAACGGGCGCUGUGCUUUGAAACCUUUUCUCUGUUGAGGCCGACAGAGGCAUGCAUGCAUGGAGCUGAGAAGGCCUCGCUCAAUCACACCGAGGUCUCCCCAAAUACGUACUUAGCUCGCAGGUGCAUGCGUACAACCUGGACAUUCUUUGUGGCCUCCGCUCUCUCGGCAGCAGAAGCCACCACGGAGACGCAGUACCACACCGGAGAAAUACAAUAA